AUGCCCAAGGAUCAGGGGGAUGAGGAGCUGACCGUGGAGCUGCGGCUAGCCAGCUCGCUGCUGCACCAAGUCCGCGCCGUGUCGGGGGUGCCGGACUGCGACGGCAUGUACUUGCAGAGUCAGCCGUCCAUGCCAGAUCUGGUCGGCCUCACGCGGCGCCACGCCCUGCUGGAGCUGUUCCGUGUGUCUCUGUACGAGGCCGCACAUCUGAAUCUGAUGGCGCAAGACAUCAUCGACUCCAGCUACACGUGUGGCAACGAGACCUUCGACCUGAUGCACCAGAUCUUCACGUUGGCAGGUAACCUCCAGAACAUUCUCUGCGUCAUCUCGGAGAACAUUUCGCCUACAAGCCUACAACCGCUGCUGGAGACCGUUAGUGAGGUCACUCUCCACCGGUACAAAGACUGUCCGCGACGCUUGAUGAGGAACUGUCUGGUAUUGGAAAACACGGGCAGCAUGCUGGCUCUCUACACGCAGUACCUGCACGAGGCCGAGCUGGCCGAGAACGGCUUCCCGCACCUGCGCGCAGCCCGCGCCGUCACGCGCCGAUCGCACCGACUGGCAGUGCGCCGCGAACGCCACGGGAACCGCUCCAUCCACACGAGCCGAGUCCACCGCGCCCUGCUCCGCCCUCAGUGA